AGAGUUCAAAGACUGAAACGUCAAAAUAAAAACGUUAUUUUCGAAUAGCUUGUUUGGUAGCUGUCGCCGAGUUUUAAAUUAGUUUAAUUUGAUGAAUAUAGUUUUAUUGAUUAUAAAUCGUGAAUCAUGGCGCCCCGAGAAACACCGAAGUCAACGAUGAAAAUCCAAAGACCAACUAAUGUGAAUGUUAAGGACGUGCCCACAAAAGGUAGAGCGUCACCCGUUGGGGCGAUUAAAAAAACGAUUUUGGUUAAGAAGACGGUGGAUAAAACUCCACUUAAAAUAACCAACACUGCUUCUACAGUUAGAACUACCAGACAACGGACCAGUACUGUCCCGAAGGUAGCCACUCCUAAGCCGAAGGAGAAUAAAUCAGUUCCUGUGCCAGGCAGUGUGACCAAGAGUGCGAAAAAAGCAUCCUGGAAGCGACGCCCAAAACCCGCUCACUCAGGAGUACCAAUCCCAGAGAAAAUGAAGAAAUUAAUGGCAAAAGAAUUUAUGGAUCCACAAUUUGCUCUAUAAUCUCUGUAUUAUUGUAGUUUUUAGUUACUUUAGAUUUUAGAAUAACUCAGUUGUCUUUCUUUUAGAUAGUUUUUGUCAAAGAAUUCUCAAUUUGUUAUUUUCUUGUAUAAUAUAAAUGAAAACAUCUAUUGACAAUUUAAUAACAGGAUAGCAAUUAAAAAAGAACUAUAGUUAUGAAAAUUAGACAAAAAUCACAUGAUUGGAUGGUAAAAAUUACUAAACUACUAGACACAGUAAGGCCAUAUUUUACAUUUUUAAGUUUGUACAUAUAUUUAGCUUAUUCAUUAAUAGGUAGAUUUUAACGAUUAACAACAGCUAUCCAGAACAUAUCCCCUAAUAGUCUUUACCAUAAGAAUAGACCACCAUUUACUAUAAAAAAAGACAUGUUAAAACUCUUUUGGAUACACAGAGAUUUCAUAAGGGAACUAUAAAGAUAUUAACAAUUUCAAACUUUAUUACCAUCUGUAUAAAGUACAAAGUAUCUUGCAAUUUUUUUACUGUGAAAAUAGCACUUUACAUUGACUGUAUUAAAUGUUUGUUUCAUAUUAAUAACUAUUAGUUAUUAAUUGCUGAGACAAACAUUUCACUUUAACAUGCCUUGUUGUUUGUCUAUUUUGACCACAAAUAACAUUGAUUAGGUAUGUUUGCCUUAUUAAGUUCAGUCAACAUAUGGCAGACAUAAUUUGGCCAAAGAAUCUUAAAAUAUUUCUUCUAAACAAUUUGUUAUUAAAUAUUAUUAUAUUCCUUAGAAAAAAAUAUUGCAUGACAAAUCGAAAUAUUGGACCUUAUUUCUUCAACCUUCAUUCAAAAAGAAUUUUAAACUCAUCCCACUGAAUAGUUUUAAUUAGAAUUAAAUGUAUGAGUGUAUUAGCUAUGAUUGGGUACCUGUUUAUUAUUCUGUAAUAAAACAAAUUAUAAUUUUACUAUAAUACUUAUAUUUGUAAUGUAAGAUUUUGUAUUAAAAGCUUGUGUAUCAUGUUUGGUGCUUUUUUUAUGCCUUACUUACGAUAUGUUUAUACAUACAUUUUGUUAUGAUUCUGCUUAGCUCAUCAUAAUCCCA